AUGUCACCACUUCGAGACGAAAAGAACAACAACAACAACAACAACAAGGCCCACGACAACUCGUCACGCAGGAGGAUUUUUGACGGUCCCUCCCAGGAGCAGGUCAUGCCAUCUUUGCUGCUCCCGCCACCAUGUGUAUAUCCAUAUGUACAAUCCGGACGCGAUCCUUGGAACACCACUAUGCCGCAACCUUAUUUCGUUUCACCUGUUGAAGUAUCAUAUCCUAGGUCGGAGCGAAGCAGUAUCGACGAGUUUAAAUGCGGCCGUCUACCGGAUUUAGCCCCAAACGGAGAUGAUGAAGUGGAUCGGGGCCGGUCAAGGACACGCGGAUCAAGGGCAUGCGGAGGAAGACAUGUACAAUUUGCCGACCUGCCAGAGACGGACCGACAGAGACCUAGCGGCUUUUUCAGACGCCCCAGCUCCCCUUAUCCCGGCAAAGGGGGGCCAGAGUCCAAAACCUACCGCAUCAGCCGGCGUCUCCUCCGUUUAUUUGGAAUCAUCGUUGAAGACGAUGACGAUGAUUACGACGGCCAGCCGAUACACCCAGGCUUAUCUGAGCUUAUAGUGCCUGAGAUUGAGCUUUUGUCCCAGGUCGAUCUUGACGGAUGGAUGUGGCAAACGCGCUCCUAUGACCACCGAGCUUCCCAAGAGGAUCAGACGUUGACCAGGGGUGCCAGAACUCAGCAAGACGACAAGACGGACCCAGAUUCAGGCUCUCCGCCAAACCCUCUCUAA